UGCUACUAUAUAAGAGACCCCAGCACAGCUCAAUGCUUAGAACACAGCUCUGCAGGACAGCUGGAAGCACUCACUGCUGCAGGGUAAACAAAUCCAGGACAUCACUUGCAUCAGUUGAUCCUUGGGGUCCAGUGUAGAACACCCCAAGGGUAAAAUGCGACAGAAUGCAAUCGCUGUUUGCCUGCUCCUGUUGGAAGUGGCCAUUGCAUCUGGACAAGAUAACCAGAAACACGAUGUUGUGUUAAAUCAUUCGGCAAGGAAGAUACGAAUAGGAAAGAAAAUCACUGAAUCCCUUGCAAAGAAUUUAGCAGAUGAGCUUAGAGAAUGGACAACCUGGUUUAACAUUGAUCAUCCAGGUGGCAAUGGUGAUUAUGAGAGACUGGACGCGAUCAGGUUUUACUAUCCAAACAGAGUGUGCCAACGGCCUUUCCGAAUGGAAGCUCGGACCACAGAGUGGGUGCCGGCUGGCAGGACAGGAGAGAUUGUGCAUUAUAGCCUAGUAAAGGGAUUCUGGUGCAUCAACAAGGAGCAGCCUGAGGGCAAGAACUGUUCCAAUUACUCGGUCCGCUUUUUGUGUCCAGUUGUUAUAAGACCCACUGCUCCAAAGGAAUUUUGGUCUGCAUGGUCGGCAUGGAGCAAGUGUUCAGCCAAAUGUGGAAGUACAGGGAUGCAGACACGGAAAAGGACCUGCCUAGCAGAGGAAAAGUGGCAAGACCAUUGUAAUGGGCCUACAGAGGAGGGACGUAGGUGCACUGGCCCUAACUGUGCAGUUUGUAAUAUUAGCUGCCCCAUGGGUACUGUGAGUGCAGACUGCAGUGUAUGUGAGUGCAAGAGCAAUGUGCUACAUGGUAUAGCCACCUUACCAGAUGGAACUCAAGCAGCCGGAGCAAAUGUUUAUCUCAGUGCCAAGAAACCAAAAUUGCUUGCUAUAUUAGACCCAGAAGGAGAGUUCCAGGUGACUGGAGUGUGCCCUGGAAGUACAUUAAAGCUUCAGCUGGAAAAGUAUUCUACUAUCAAUGUAAAGAUCCCAAAAACCAAUGGAACAUCUGCAUUCAUUAAAGUGUCUUUCAAAAGGAAAGAAAAGCCAUAUAUAUCUGAAAGCCCUGAGAAUAAAGUGCGAAGAGUUGGACAGAGUGUGACAUUCUGCUGCAAAGCUGUGGGAGAACCAGCCACUGAGCAGUACCUCUGGUAUCACAAUGGAACGCUACUUGACCAGAGCUUGCACAAAAACAGUGACCAGUUGAUCUUACGCAAACUGAAGAUGAACCAAGCUGGGGAGUAUUACUGCAAGGCAAAGAAUGAGGCAGGAUUUUCCAAAUCCAAUCUUGCAACUCUUACACUCAUUGCUGAACAAGAUAUGUCCUGCAACCCGAACCCACAGAUGCAUCUUAUUCGCCUUCCCUAUGACUGUCUUCAAAACUCCACAAACGCCUUGUACUACAAUGUGGGCAAAUGUCCCGCAAGUGCCUGUCCAGGUGAUUUGGAAAAUGGGCUACGAUGCAAAGAUGCAGUUUCUUAUUGCUGUGGAAUCACCAAAACUGAACUAAAAGAGAUCUCCUGUCAAGGCUAUACACUACCAAUUAAGGUAGCUGUAGAGUGUGGUUGUCAAAAAUGUACAGAAAUGAAAAUCAUUGUUAGAGGAAGAGCAAUAGCAGCUGACACUGGAGAGCCAAUGCGGUUUGGCUACAUCUAUAUGGGGAAUGCCAGAGUUAGUAUGACUGGAUAUAAGGGAACUUUCUCCAUCAAUGUUCCUGCAGAAACUGAGAGAUUGGUUCUUACUUUUGUUGAUCGUCUACAGAAGUUUGUGAAUACUACCAAAGUGCUUCCGUUCAACCGGAAAGGAGGUGCUGUUUUUCAUGAGGUCCAUUUACUGAGAAGAAAAGAGCCAGUGAUACUAGACUCUAUGAAAGGCAACCAGAUAUCUUUAGGAGAAGUAGAAAAUACAGAACCAAUAGCUGAGCUGGAAAUACCACCCAAUUCCUUCUAUAGGCAAAACGGGCAGGUUUACAAUGGAAAGGUAAAGGCCAGUGUUACAUUUUUAGAUCCACGAAACAUAUCUACAGCUACAGCUGCACAAAGUGACCUCAACUUUAUUGAUGAAGAAGGUGAUACAAUGCCAUUGCGAUCCUAUGGAAUGUUUUCUGUAGAUUUUACAGAUGAGGCUGCCACAGAAACUCUAAAUGCAGGAGCAGUUAAAGUUUAUCUAGAUUCCUCACAAGUGACAAUGGCAGAACACCUUGAUAGCAUGAAACUGUGGUCUCUCAACCCAGAAACAGGAUUGUGGGAGGAAGAAGGACAAUUUUUGAAAGAAGGAAUCAGACGAGGUAAAAGAGAGGAAAGAACCUUUCUUGUUGGUAACAUGGAAAUAAGAGAAAGAAGAUUAUUUAAUUUAGAUGUCCCUGAAAGUCGUAGAUGUUAUGUGAAAGUUCGAGCAUAUAGGAGUGAAAGGUUUUUACCAAGUGAGCAAGUUGAAGGGGUGGUGUUAAAUUUGAUUAAUAUGGAACCAGUAGCUGGAUUUUCUUCAAAUCCUAGAGCCUGGGGCCGUUUUGAUAGUGCCAUAACUGGUCCCAAUGGUGCAUGUCUGCCUGCAUUUUGUGAUGACCAACACCCAGAUGCUUAUUCAGCUUAUGUUACUGCCACCCUAGGUGGUGAAGAACUGGAGGCGGUGGAAUCCUCUCCAAAAUUUAACCCAAAUAUUAUUGGUGUUCCACAACCAUAUCUCAAUAAACUGAAUUACAGAAGAACUGAUCAUGAUGAUCCCAAAAUCAAGAAAACAGCUUUCAGCAUAAAUGUAGCUAAACCAAGCCCAAAUGUUGCUGAGGAGAGUAAUGGUCCUGUCUAUGCCUACGACAAAUUGCGAGAGUGUGAAGAAGCUCCCUAUAGUUCAGGACAUUUUAGGUUUUAUAGAGUAGAAGGGGCUGGAUAUGAUUACAACACAAUUGCAUUCAAUGAAGAUGACCCUAUGAGUUGGACUGCUGACUAUUUGGCUUGGUGGCCUAAGCCAAUGGAAUAUCGAGCUUGUUAUAUGAAAGUAAACAUUGCUGGCAGUCAGGAGAUCACUGUGAGAUCCAGAAACAUGGGAGGGACCCACCCCGUGACUGUAGGGCAGCUUUAUGGAAUCAGAGAUGUUAGAAGCACCAGAGAUCAGGAGGAAGCUAACCUCUCAACAGCAUGUGUGGAGUUUAAAUGUAGUGGCAUGCUAUAUGACCAAGACCGUGUGGACCGUACAUUGGUAAAGAUUAUACCUCAAGGAAGCUGUCGAAGGGAAAGUAUAAACACCAUGCUACAUGAGUAUCUUGUCAACCACUUACCAAUGGCAGUCAAUAAUGAUACUAGUGAGUACACAAUGUUGGCUCCUCUUGAUCCACUUGGUCAUAAUUAUGGUAUUUACACGGUUACUGACCAGGACCCUAGAACAGCCAAGGAGAUAGCACUUGGAAGGUGUUUUGAUGGGACCUCAGAUGGUUCCUCUCGAGUGAUGAAGAGUAAUGUAGGAGUGGCUCUUACUUUUAACUGCUUGGAAAAAGACUUGAGCCAAAGUGUGUUCCGAGGUAAUGGCCUUGCUGCCUCAAGCAUUGCCCGAAAUGGUGGAAGAAAUGGAAGGCAGCAGAGAGCAAGUAAUGGAUCAAGGCAGAUGCACAGAAUUAGUGUUUCCUCAACAUCUAGACAAGGAUAACCCCUAUCUGCUUAGUGAAGCAGAAAAGGUUAUUUCAGAUAAUAAAUAUAAAUUUCAUGGGUUUGCUAUAAUUUUAUGCACAUUUGAAACUCAGACAGCUACAUGCCCCUUAAAAAUCAUUGUCUCAGCUAUAUUGUGAAAAGUGUGUGUGUGUGUGAAUUUCUGUUAACAGCUUAUCAUAUGAUAUCCAUUUUUCAAUCUGACAAAAUCUUAAAAUAUCCAACAAUACUACCAAAAAAUUACUCAGACAAUUUUUUUAUAUAUAUAAAUUACAGAUCUUAUCAAUGCUUAUAUGCUACAUGUAUUUAGUUGCCCACUAUUUCAGCAGAUAAUAGUUCAAGAUCUAAUUUGAUUAUGUAAAACAGAUUUUGUUAAAUUUUAUUAAAUUAAAUUGUUCUGUACAUUGCCUAUUUACUGGAUGGCACAGAUAUCAUAAAAAAACA